GCACUUCUCUCCAUCGCAGUUCGCAACAGUUCAAUACACUUACUGACUUACACGACCACACGUAUAAUCUGUAGAUCGAUCGCUGUUCGUACCACCACAAUGGAGUACCAGGGGCAGCACGGCCACGCCACCGACAAGGUGGAGGAGUACGGCCAGCCUGUGGCCGGGCACGGCGGUUUCACCGGCAGGCCCACGGGGACGCACGGCGCGCAGCUCCAGGCGACGAGGGACGACCACAAGACCGACGGCGUCCUUCGCCGCUCCGGCAGCUCCAGCUCCAGCUCGUCCGAGGACGACGGCGUGGGCGGCAGGAGGAAGAAGGGGAUGAAGGAGAAGAUCAAGGAGAAGCUCCCCGGCGGAGCCCACAAGGACGCCACCGCCGGGCAGCAGCACACGGCGGUGGCGGGCGAGUACGCGGGCACGCACGGCACCGAGGCCACCGGCGAGAAGAAGGGCGUCAUGGACAAGAUCAAGGAGAAGCUUCCCGGCGGACAGCACUGAGGCAGCUAUGUGUGUCUUCUCUGUGUUCCGUCCAAGCUCGGCUUGGCUAGCAUCUGCAGGGAUGCCGUUACUAGGGAUAAAUAAUGGACUCUGGUAUACCUCGUGUGCACGAGCGCGCCCGCGUGACGCAUUUGUGUGUUCGUAUGGUAUGAUGUGUGUACAUCGUAAUAAAAACGUUUAUUUGUGUUUUUGUAGUAA